CGGUACGUGCUGAGGUCAGGCCGCGCCGCGCCGCCAGCGCGGGGGAGCUGCCGCUGCGCUCGCGAGAGCGCCGGAGCCGCGGGGGAGGGCGCGGAGCUACGGCGAGCGCCGGUCUCGGGCCGGGAUCCGUCCCGUCCCGCUGGCAGGUCGGGAGCCCGAGCGAGGCCCCUCCAGUCGCGGGCUGCGGAGGGGCAGCGUGUGCGCGGGGGUGCCAGCCCGCCCCGCCGCCCUGCUUCUCCAUGUGGGCGGCGGCGGCCGGCGCGGCUGAGCUGCGGGGCGCCGUGGGCAGCGCUCGGCGCUGAGGGGCCGCGGCCGGGAGAGACGAUGGCCAAAUGGCUGAACAAGUACUUCAGCCUCGGCAACAACAAGACCAAGAGUCCCCCGCAGCCGCCGCGGCCCGACUACCGAGAGAAACGCAACGGUGCUGGCGGCGCGCCCCGCCCUGACGGGCCGCCUCACCUCCACCUUCGCCACCACACCUCGCCCAGCUUCCCGCGGCGACGCCUGCGCGACGAGGCCAGCGACCUGCUCCGCGCCUACCGCGCCCAGAAAGACCGGGACUUCGAGGACCCCUACAGCGGGCCCGGCUCGUCCCUGUGCAGGCUGCGUGCCAUGUGCCGCCCGGACUACGCCGUGCCCGAGGAGCUGGGCGAGGCGGCCCCCAAGGCUUUCUCCUCGGCGUCGUGCCGCGCCGCGCCCCCCGCCCCCUGCGCGGCCGGCUCCCCGCACCUCUUCCGCAGCCACAGCGAGCGCCGCCCGGCCACGCCGCCCGACGUGAAGUACGUCUCGCCCAAGCACCGGCUCAUCAAGGUUGAGGGCGUCGGUGGCAGUGAUGGCAAGAAGCUCAACAAGGGCUCUGAGCAGCUGGCAACCUCUGUCCCCGCUGCUGUGAAAGAUAAAGUAUUAAUAGCUGAUGACUACUCAGAUCCAUUUGAUGCCAAAAGUGAAUUGAACAGAAUGGGAAAAGGGGAGAACACUGGCUAUAUGGAACCAUAUGAAGCUCAGAGAAUAAUGACUGAGUUUGCGAAGCAGGAAGGCGUGAAGUCCCAUCAGAAAAACAUGCAGCUUUAUGACAUACCCUACGAACCAGAAGGCAGUGCUGUGGAAUCUGAUUCUGAAAGCGUGGUGAGUCACCAUUUACGAGAAAGCAAAUUGCCACAGGAUGAUGACAGGCCUGCAGAUGAGUAUGAUCAGCCAUGGGAGUGGAACAAAGUCACCAUCCCAGCUCUAGCAGCCCAGUUUAAUGGAAGUGAGAAACGCCAAGCAUCGCCUCCCUCAAAUGACCAGCGCAGGCAGUUAAGAGCACCUGGAGGAGGCUUUAAACCCAUCAAACAUGGCAGCCCAGAGUUUUGCGGGAUCCUGGGAGAGAGAAUAGAUCCAACUGUUCAACUGGAAAAGCAGAUAUGGUAUCAUGGAGCAAUCAGUCGGACAGAUGCAGAAAACCUGUUACGUUUAUGUAAAGAGUGUAGCUACCUUGUAAGAAAUAGUCAAACAAGCAAGCAUGACUAUUCUCUUUCACUGAAGCGGGUUCGUUACCUGGUGUGCAGCGCCAAUUCACACAUCGAGCUGAGGAGCAGUCAAGGUUUUAUGCACAUGAAACUGAUGAAAACCAAAGAUAAAUACAUCCUGGGUCAGAACAGCCCUCCCUUCGACAGUGUUCCUGAAGUCAUCCACUACUACACCACAAAAAAGCUGCCUAUCAAAGGAGCAGAACACCUGUCACUGCUCUACCCUGUGGCUGUGCGGACCCUCUAAUAACCUAGUCUCACCCCUUCCUGUGGAUGGGAGGUGAGAGGUAAGCUGGGUUGCACAGAAUUCAUUGCUGGAAUUCAGUGCUUAAGUCUGUGAUGGGAAGUGUCAGCCUUUAGUCUUAAGAAUGUGUGCACUCUGCAGAGUUGGGGAUGGGACUGUGUAUGGUACUCUUAUGCUGCAGCUUGCCUCUAGAACUUCUACAUAAGAGAAAGAAAUCUUACUUUAGUGCAAGGAGAACAGAUUUAAUUCCCAGAGCUUCUCUGUGAAUUAAAAGUACUUCCCAACAAAAGUUCCUCCUCCAAGUUUUGAGAAGAAUCAACAAGUUCUUCUCAGCAGUAAAACACCAGCAACUUUAAUUCUCUUGCUACCCUGAGAAACCUUUCCAUGUGAAAUGGUAACCUGACUCUGAGGGACCCUAGGGUGUUCUUGGUGGACCUGAGAAGGAGCUGCUUAGUGGCAAGUCCCUGUGGCUCUGUCACUCAGCUUGGUGUUUUUUUGGUUUUUUUAAUGCAGUUUCUUGGGGUAGUCAAAUGUUGAACUCCUAUUAGGCACACAGUCUUAAAAUAAUUUUAUGAGAGCAAAUCAUGGUCAAUUAUUUAUGAAUAGGGGAUAUAAUUAAAAAGUAGUUUGAUGUAUAUUUUUAUCCUUUUUUGGUACAAUAAUCUCUUAAGGGUUACUGUCUUCAUUUGCAAGUUUCAUUCAUGGAUGCAGGCAGCUAAUUCUGUUUGGGGCAGUUACACCAUAAUGUUUUAAGUAGUUGGAAUGAGUUAUUUUGAUAUGUGGGUUAGUAUUUAUGCGUGAGGGUGGUCAAAGGCUUUUAUAAAGCUUUAGGAGGCAAACUCUUCACUUGCUCAUUCAUCUGGAUCAAACAAUUGUCCUACUGAGGCAGCAAACCAACAAGUGUGUGUCACACCGCCUUUCCAUAAGAUGGCUUUUUCAGCUGUAUAAAUGAGACUGCCAUAUGUAGCAGAGUAGAAUUUGUUUUUCUGGUGUAUGAAGACAUUCUUAAAACAUGGUCAUUUGACAUAUACCUUCUGCCCAGUGUUCAUUUUCAUCACAAACAGAAGCCUCCUGCUGUAUUUCAGUCAUUGUCAGCCAGAAGCACUGCAGAAGCUGCUCUGUACCUUAGUCCUGCUAACUCAGUGCCCAUCCACUUGAGAGAGAUUUUCUACAUGCUCUUUGUGCUCAUUGGAAGGGUUAAGUGAAAAAAAUAUAAUUGUGCAGAAACUGGAACUGGGGAAUCAAUAGCCUGCUAGUCCUCACUUUUUGCCAUCUCUCACCUAUGUCUAGAAUGCUGUGCAUUAACCCAUCAGCUGUUGUAGUAGCAAACUGGUUAUAUGCAGUUUAUGUAUUUUACAGACUGCAAUAGGACUGUGAAAUUGUGUGUUAUUUAAUUCAGCUUUCUUACCUACUACUAUUCCAUUUCAUGUAUGCUUAGAAAGAAGUGCAAAUCUGAAAAUUGUAACGGAAUAACCACUUACUGCCUGUAAAACUAGUGCUGCAUUGUAUUGUCUAAUCUGAUAAGAACCUCAAGGAUGUUCCAUAGAAUGUCAUUGGUGAUGAACAUUUUGCUUCCUUUUAAGCCUGUCUUGUUCUUUGUAUGCCAUCUAACACAAUUUAAACAGAAGUGGAUCACACAUACGUGAGGAGCUCAGUGUUAUUCUGUGCAGCAACAAUAGAAGGUCAAACUAUCUCACCCAGAAUUUGAAGCUGCAUUGGAAUAGGUUCAUACUGGUUUUCUGAGAGAAGGGUGGCACAAUGGAGUAUGAAGAGACAACAUUCCUCUCCAAGUGAAGCCAAACUUCCCUUUUGGGAACAUCACCCACUUGGCAAGAGCAUACAGGCAUUUUUAAGUUAGCAUAUUUUUCUCUCACCAGAGUAGGAGUUCAUGAAGGUGGCAGAGCUCAAGAGAAAUUAGGAAUCAGAUUGCAUCUGCUGUUGUCUGAUUCUCUGCCUAUGUGAGCUCCAGCAAUUCCAUCAUGCCCUUGGGACAGAAAUAUAGUAUAUUUCUUCUUUUGCAUGUUGAAGUGCAUUUUUUAGAAUCUGGCGUUGUUGUUGCUGUUCUAUGGCCUGUUUUUCUUCUUCUGUAAUGGAAAAGUAAGCCUCUACUUUCUCUAGCAGCAAUUGCCAGUAGAAACCAACAGCAUCGUUAACCAAGGCCUUGCCAGGCUUUCUUAAGCACAUUGUCUUUAGUUUAUGGGGAUCACUGUUUUACUGAAUCUUUCUUGUCAUGAGCCUGACUGAAAGUCAACUGAAGCCAACAGGUGCCACUUUAUUGCUGUGUGCAGAUUGUGCGUUGGGAAAAUACUUGCUUCCUACAAAUCAGGCAAUAUGCAUCAUACAAAUGUGUAUAUAGAUUAUUACAGCUUCAAGGGUCAGAUCACGGUUCUUGGUUCAGCAAAAGGAAAUAAUCUCAGAAAAUUUUGGUUGUCUGUGGGAAGGUUUUUUUCUGUGGGAUUAUUUUUUAAAAAGACUUCUAGAAAGUAUUCAGUAAUUACAGAAUAAAUAAAACCAGGAUUUUGUUUGCACUGUAA